UACUUUGUUGAGUAGGUGAGAUUGUAGAAAUCUGUAGUGGAAAGAAUGUUGUAUCUGUUUUGGAAUGUGGGGCUGCUACUGUUUUGUACAUUGAUGGAGAAUUCUUCUGCUACACUUUCUCCUGCUGGUGUAAACUAUGAAGUUGUAGCUUUGACGGAAAUUAAGAAGGCCUUACAUGACCCCUAUAAUGUUCUGGACAAUUGGGAUGUGAAUUCUGUAGACCCCUGCAGUUGGAGAAUGGUCACUUGCUCCUUGGAUGGCUAUGUGUCUGCUCUAGCACUACCUAGUCAAAGUCUAGCUGGCACCUUAUCGCCUGGAAUUGGCAAUCUUACUAACUUGCAAUAUGUAUUGUUGCAAAACAAUGCCAUUUCUGGUCAUAUUCCUGAUGUGAUUGGGAAGUUACAAAAGCUUCAGACACUUGAUCUUUCCAACAAUAAAUUUGAAGGCGAAAUACCCACUUCCUUUGAAGACCUGAAGAAUUUGAAUUAUUUGGAUGUCUCUUAUAAUAAUCUAAGUGGUACCCUUCCUAAAAUAUCAGCACGAGCUUUCAAAGUGCUCGGGAAUCCUUUAAUUUGUGGUCAAGGUUCUGAGAAUAAUUGCUCAGCAGUCUAUCCAGAACCACUGUCCUUCCCACCUGAUAGUCUGGCAGAUCAAUCUGGUGCUGCACGCAAGAGCCGUCGCGUGGUUGUUGCGUUUGUUGCAAGUUUUGGUGCUGCUUUCUUGGUCAUAAUAGCCCUGGCUUUGCUUCUUUGGUGGCGCUACAGAAAUAAUCAGCAGAUCUUCUUUGAUGUCAAUGAUCAUUGUUAUCCAGAGGUAUGCUUGGGUCACCUGAAAAGGUACACCCUUAAGGAACUGCGGACUGCCACUGACCAUUUCAGCUCAAAACGUAUUUUGGGAAAGGGAGGAUUUGGGGUUGUGUACAAGGCCAGCUUAAACAAUGGUACUGUUGUGGCCGUCAAACGAUUGAACGACUACAAUGCUGUUGGUGGUGAAAAUCAAUUUCAGACAGAAGUAGAAUUGAUUAGUUUGGCUGUCCAUCGGAAUCUUCUCCAUCUUCUGGGGUUUUGUUCAACUGAAAGUGAACGGCUUCUUGUUUACCCCUAUAUGCCAAAUGGAAGUGUAGCAUCACGAUUAAAAGAUAGCAUAAAUGGUAAACCAGUUUUAGACUGGUCAAGGCGGAAAAAGAUAGCACAAGGUACAGCAAGAGGGCUAGUUUACUUGCAUGAGCAGUGUGAUCCCAAAAUUAUCCAUCGUGAUGUCAAAGCAGCAAACAUUCUGUUGGAUGAAGAAUUUGAGGCAGUAGUUGGUGAUUUUGGGUUGGCAAAGCUCUUGGAUCACCAUGAUUCCCAUGUGACAACUGCUGUUAGGGGCACCAUUGGCCACAUUGCUCCAGAAUAUUUGUCUACUGGCCAAUCAUCUGAAAAAACUGACGUUUUUGGGUUUGGAAUCUUGCUACUUGAGCUGAUUACUGGCCAGAAAGCUAUGGACUUUGGUCGAGGGGCCAACCAGAAAGGUGUUGUUAUGCUUGAUUGGGUGAGAAAGCUGCAUCAAGAGGAGAAACUGAACCUUAUGGUAGAUAACAAUUUGAAAAAUAACUUUGACCAGAUUGAGCUAGAAGAGAUGGUUAAAGUUGCCCUUCUAUGCACCCAUGUCAACCCUUCUCAUCGCCCAAAAAUGUCCGAAGCAUUAAGGAUGUUAGAGGGCGAUGGAUUGGCUGAAAAAUGGGAGGCAUCACAAAAGCUCGAGACUCCAAGAAACCGAGCUUUUGAACAUACACCACAAAGAUAUUCCAACUACGUCGAAGACUCUUCACUAGUUGAACCAAUGGAACUUUCUGGACCUAGAUGACAUCCAUUUUUCGUUCUCGAUUCUUAUCAUCCUUGAGUUGCUAAAGUUGAAGUGAGAAGUAUCUCAUUGCUGUUGAAUGUAUGUAUUCAUUUUGUAAAAGAAAAGGGAAUAAGUCAUGUGUAAGCUGAGUUCAUAUAUGAUACAUUCCCUCUUGUUCUUUCAAUUUUUGAAAUGAUAUGCUAUGUAAUUAUGAUUUCAUUUGUUCUUUUUAUAAGAAAGAUUUUGAGAUUUAUGAGUAAUAAAACGCCAUAGGCUUGCCAUUCUCAUUAAGU